AACAAUAUGCUCGCUAGGUUUUUUAGAUUCGGUAGUGAUGUGUAGUGAUGAGAGUAACUUUGGUUUUGCUCUUAUAUGAAUUUGUAGCUUGUGUUUUGAAUAUCCUAAAUAAAUUUUUCAACGUACCGAGAUUGCAACUUCUCCGUGAGAUUGUGGAUGAAAGAGCAGAAAAUCUCGAGGCUAUGAAUAACGAAUCAAAAUCUUCAGCUGCUUUAGACGCAGUUAAAAGAUAUAGUUUCCGACCUUACGAAUUGAAACGUAUUAAAUUUAAGAGUUACAACAAAAAUGGGAGAUCCAGACCAUACGCUCGCAGUGGUCAUCGGAUAGUUUGCAAUGAUUCAACGAUUUACUGCUUCGGUGGUUUUAAUCCUAACAUGCCGGAAGUGAAUGAAGCGUCAUGUUUGUUUCAAGAACUGUGGAAAUACGAUAUCAUUCGGAAGGAGUGGACACUUGUUAUGGGGCCCAACAAUGACUUACCACAAGAACUGGCUUCGAAUGCCAUGAUUUUGCAAGGAGACACUUUAGUUGUAUACGGGGGAACAGGAUUUCCGUUUGGUGUGAAUUGUUCAAAUAGGCUGUACGUAUGUCAACCUGGUAAGAAACCAAAAGAAAUGACCGAAGUUGAAGUUAAUGGCGAACUUCCUCCUGCACAGUAUGGACAGACAAUAUUAUAUCAUGAUGGCUUUCUGUACACAAUAGGUGGUACGGAAGGUUUCAGUUAUACCUGUGAUGUCUAUAGGUUGAACGUGUUUUCUAGAACAUGGGAGUGUUCCUACACUUGUCGAACCGACAUUCGUGAAGAUCCGCUAGGUCGUUACCGGCACGAAAUAGCAUAUGAUAAUGGAAAAAUAUAUGUAAUUGGAGGAGGAACUAGCGAUACUGCGUUCAGUCUAGCGUCAAUACCCACAUUCGAUCUAAAGAAAAACAUAUGGACGUAUACUGUAACGAAGCCAGAUCCAAAGUUACCCGCACCAGGCGUACCAUCGGCACGAAAGUGCCAUUCGUGUGUACAAUAUAAAACCGACAAUGGAACGGAAAUUGUGAUAGCCGGUGGCUACGACGGUCGUUUAUAUUAUGGAGAUAUUUGGAAACUAAAUUUGUCGUCUUUUGAAUGGCGUUUGAUGCAAAAAUCUUCUUUGCCUUAUCCAUUGUUUUUUCACGGUGCGGCUGCUAGCAGUAGUGGGUGCAUGUAUAUUUUCGGUGGAAUAAAACUUAGUGUUACCAAUAAUGUCCGAACGAACGUCAUAUACAAAAUGUGGGCAACUAUUCCUAAAUUAAGUGAAAUUUGCUGGGAAGCAAUUGUGCACUAUAGUCCAAGCUUAACUAAAACUUCAAAACAAAAAUUAUUACAAAUUGGAAUUCCGGCGAAAUUUGUAGAAAGAAUUGACGAAACGUAAGUGAACGUUUAGGUUUCACUAGUUGUGGAUAAGGCGUUCUCCACUUGCGAAAGGAGAUUUGUGCCUCUGAGUUAUCGAAACUUAUUAAUAAAAAUUGAUUAAACAUAAAUAAACUAUAAAGAAAUUUACACAACUUUAAGAAGACUUUUCUUUAACAUCAUCAGACUUAUUUUGUUUGCGCGGUAAUCAUGCUGAUCUCUUUUAGAAAAUUGAUUUACUCGAAUGGAUGUGUAACUGUUUAAGACUCGCCAAAUCGGCGUUUGACUUUGUUUAAUUGAGCUAAUUUAACAAUUUGAAUUUGAUAAAACGAAAAACUUCAAGGUGGACAUCUACAUGGGAUGUAUGUUUAGUGAAGUACGACGUAAUAUUUAGUUUUUUGUUUAGUUUUCAGACUAUUUUAUCAGUUUAUUAGAAUAUUUUCAAUGUAUUGGCCAUUAACAGUUAAAUGAUACAAUUGCAUUCACACACACUGCUACGCAUGGUAAAUGCUUCCCAUUUUAACAAAAAAAACCUAAAAUUUUGGAGAAAUUGGUUUAGCUUUCAACAAUUUAAGAAAUGAUUUAAAAAAGUAGUUUAAAAAUUGUAUAAAUAUCAAUAUGUUAGAACACGAUGGAAUAUUGUGUA